UUUUAGCCUUUAGGGUGUGAGUAGCCGCCAGUGCUCUUCUUUCUGUGACGCCAGGUGAUGAGAAAAUGAGGAUGAAAAUCAAGGAUGAUUGUUUUUCUAUUUAAGUCUCUGAUGGAUAUCACAAUGGAGAAGAUCAAGUGAUGAGGCACAGUGUCUGCAAAACGAAAAUGAGACCCACUGUGAUUUUUCUACUCUAUUUAAGUCUCUGAUGAUCUCCAAGAAACAUUUCAAGUCCCAACUCUGGAAUUUAGCAUUAGAAAUGUAAAACUUUGAUUCUAUAAACUAAAUCUUAGAUUCUUAUAUGUGCUUGUGUGAACUCUAUGCGCUGUAGAUUUUAGAUAUGAGUAUGGGGAGCCUGGCUGUGCAAUUGGGUUCCUUCCAUGGCGCACAGAUUCUCAACCCAUCUACGGUGAAGAAGAAAUUGAAGAGGAAAUCUUUCUCUUUCUCAAGAGUGAAUGCUCUAUAUGCAGAUGAUGGGGAGAUUGCACCUCAAUCUAAAGGAGAUGGCUUUUCUUUCUAUGGUGGAAAAUAUUCGGAUGAAAGAGAUAAAACAGAUGACUGGUGGGCACGUGGUGAUUUUAUGUAUGCAUACUCUCCUCAAGGAUCAUCAAACACAGUGAAAGAACCUUUGUUUGGUAUGAAAUUGGGUGCACAAUCUCAAAUAUCUUCAAAUGAGUAUCGAUGGUUUUACGUUGAAGAAGGGACAAAUAAUAAUCACACAAUACUGCUUUUACAUGGUUUAUGUUCUCAGGCUUAUUCUUUUAGACAUGUUAUUUCUAUACUUGCCAAAGAUUAUCACGUUAUAGCAGUUGAUUGGUUGGGCUUUGGAUUCUCGGACAAACCAUUAUAUGGUAAUGGAUUUAAUUAUACAACUCAAGAGUAUACAAAUGCGCUUAGCUGUUUGGUGGAUCGAUUAAAAUCAAACCAAAUUUCUAUAGUUGCUCAGGGACAUUUUACACCUCCAGUCGUAGAAUAUAUUAGCGCAAAUCCUUUCAAAAUAGUUAAACUUAUCAUGAUUAAUCCACCAGUAUCUAAAGAACACAGUACUUUACCAUCAAAUCUCUUAGAAUUUACAAAUUUAUUCUUAGGUGAUAUAUUUUCCCAGGAUCCUUUUAAAGCAAGUGAUGGUGCUAUGUCAAGAAUAAGUUAUUAUGCUAUAACAGAGGAGGAUAAAAUGGUUUAUAGAAAGCCAUAUUUAUCAUCAGGAUCAGCUGGAUUUGCACUAAAGUCUGUGAUUAAAAGUUUUAAAAAAGAGUUAAAGGAUUCAAUUUUAUCAGUUCGAUCUUUAUUAACGUCUAAAAACUGGGAAACACCUAUAUAUUUUAUUGGUGGUUUGAACGACAGAUGGCUAAAUUAUAAAUCACUCAAAACCUUUUGUGAGGAGUUCCAAUUUAAACUAAUCACUUUAGACAAGGGUGGACAUCUUCUACAAGAAGACAUUGAAAUUGACUUAGCAAAUAUAAUAACAGGUUUAUUAGAAAGUCCAUAAAAUAACAAAAACCAACCAAUCUAUAUAUAGUCACCAGUUAUAUA